AAAGAUGAAAUCACAUCUGAGAAGUUAAUUGGGGUAAAACUAUGGAUUACAGCUGGACCAAGGGAAAAAUUUACUGCAGCUGAGUUUGAAGUCCUGAAGAAAUACCUUGACAGUGGAGGGGAUAUCCUUGUGAUGCUGGGAGAAGGUGGAGAAUCCAGAUUUGACACCAAUAUUAACUUUCUCCUUGAAGAAUACGGAAUCAUGGUUAAUAAUGAUGCCGUGGUUAGAAAUGUAUAUUACAAGUAUUUCCAUCCUAAGGAAGCUCUGGUCUCUGAUGGAGUGUUGAACAGGGAGAUUAGCCAAGCUGCAGGAAAGGCUGUACCUGGAACCAUUGAUGAGGAGAGCAGUGGAAACAAUGCCCAGGCUCUCACCUUUGUCUACCCUUUUGGUGCCACGUUGAAUGUCAUGAAACCAGCAGUGGCUGUUCUGUCCACAGGCUCUGUCUGCUUCCCACUUAACAGACCCAUUCUGGCUUUCUACCACUCAAAGAACACAGGUGGGAAGUUGGCAGUGCUUGGCUCAUGUCACAUGUUCAGUGACCAAUAUUUGGAUAAAGAAGAAAACAGCAAAAUCAUGGACGUUGUUUUCCAGUGGCUCACAACAGGAGACAUUCACCUAAAUCAAAUUGAUGCUGAGGACCCAGAGAUUUCUGACUACACGAUGGUACCAGACAUAGCUGCCUUGUCAGAGCAGCUCCGAGUGUGUCUCCAGGAAGGUGACGAGAACCCUCGUGAUUUUACCACCCUCUUUGACUUGUCCAUUUACCAGCUCGAUACCACCUGUCUUCCCAAGGUCAUCAAGGCUCAUGAGGAGCUAAAUGUGAAACAUGAACCAUUGCAGCUUGUCCAGCCUCAGUUUGAGAUGCCGCUGCCAGCCCUUCAGCCUGCGGUCUUCCCUCCUAGUUUCAGGGAAUUACCACCCCCUCCUCUGGAGCUCUUUGACUUAGAUGAAACAUUCUCCUCUGAGAAGGCACGGCUUGCUCAGAUUACCAAUAAAUGUACUGAUGAAGACCUGGAAUUCUAUGUCAGGAAGUGUGGUGACAUUCUUGGAGUAACCAGUAAACUUCCAAAGGAUCACCAAGAUGCCAAACAUAUCCUUGAGCACAUCUUCUUCCAAGUGGUGGAGUUCAAGAAAUUGAACCAGGAGGCCCACUGAGGCCAGAGCCCUUCAGGAGCAUGAUAUUGAUGUAAGUGGAAUGACAUUCCCAAACUUCUGAGGACCGAGCCUCUCAGAGCAUUUUCUGCCUCCUGAUUCGCCUUGUAUUUUUGUUAUUCCUCAGCUCCUUACCAAAGUAUAUGUGCUCUCUUUUCUCUAGAAGGUGUGCGUCUCUAGUGCCGCUAUGUAAGCUUUCCUUAUGGAAGAGAUGCUCCAUUUGUUUAAAUUAAAUCUAUGAUUGAACUUAUAUUUUUAUAAUUUA